AUGUCUGCUCGCGGAAUGAUGUCGAUCAAUGUUCGGGUAGAAGUGGUGAUCGGUGAUAGCUCACAGAUAAGGCUGAAUCCAAAAUUGAAAGAGGUUGUCAACAAGGAGAUCAUGAAACUCUUGGAAUCUGGAAUUAUCUAUCCUAUUCCAGACAGCAAUUGGGUCAGUCCAGUGCACGUGGUUCCUAAGAAAGGAGGAGUCACAGUGGUGAAGAAUGAGAAGGAAAAGAAGUUGAACGCUACGACAAGAAAGGAUCACUUUCCUUUACCUUUCAUUGAUCAGAUGCUGAAAAGGCUAGCAAAUCACCCGUACUAUUGCUUCCUAGAUGGGUAUAUGAUGUCUAUCUUUACAGACAUAAUUAAAGAUUUCAUGGAGGUCUUUAGGAACGAUUACUUAGUCUAUGGGUCUGAUUUUUCGUUAUGCCUAGACAACUUGUGCAAGGUGCUAGCUAGAUGUGAAGAGAAGCAUUUGGUUCUGAACCGGAAGAAGUGUCACUUUAUGGACACUAAUGGGAUUGUUUUAGGACACAAGGUUUUAGCAGCUGUUAUUAAGGUGGACAGAGCUAAGAUCGGGUCGUGA